UCAGGCCACUUAAUGGAACCCAGCCAUGAGCGUCAUCAGAUGCACCUGCUGCUCCUGCUGUGAUAAGGUCAUUUAGCUGCUGUGUUUUCUCUGCAGUCGUUUAUAUAGAAUCUAUAUCAGCUAUGUAUUUACUUCCUGUCAGGUGCUGUAGUUUGCUGUAUGACGUUGGAUUUACUCACAUGUGGAGGAUGUCUACACAACACUAAGUUUGACUUGUUGUCUGAUACAAAUGAUGACGGCAUCCAGUGGUGCUGUGAUUUGAUGCAGACAGAUGCGCUCCAGUUGCUUCUGAUGCCGUAAAGUCAAGAGGAAACAGCCUGAAUUGCUCAUUCAUAUACACGAUGGAUGGAGGCAUGGAUGGAUGAGUAAUAUCUAACUUCUCCUUCUCCUAUUACAUCAGCCCCCAGUGCUGUGAAACCUUCAGUUCCGCAGUCACCACAUAGAGGGAGCUCAUGCGUGUGGAGAAACCAAAGCGUGGAAAUGCUGAAUGAGUGAGAGAGUGAGAGUGUGUGAGAGAGAGGGAGAGAGAGAGGAGGAGAGGGAGAGAGAGAGAGAGAGAGGUGCGGUGGACGGAAUUACAUCGUGGGGAAAUAAUAAUGUGACACACACCAGCAGCAACAAUAUCCAUUUGGACUGUGCGCCACGUUGUGCGUGCGCUUUUGUUUCGCCCCAACUUUGGCCAAGUCGGAGCGGAGCCGGUGAUCCAGUGUGUGCCCCCAAGGCUGCGUGACAAGUUUGGAGAAGGUGGUGGAGGAAAGAGGAGAAGUCGCAUCACUAUUUCUAAAUUGGUACAGUUAGGGGGGGGGGGGCGUGGACGGCGGAGAGGAGCGGCGGCGGCGGCGAACAUGUUGGCUUUUGGCUGCGGUUCCAGCGUAGUGAUGUGCCGGCUGGAAGAGGAACCGAGCGACGCGUAGAGGACGUGGACUGAGCGGCUGGACGCGGAACACAUUCAUCGGCUUUCUGUCGUUUUGAAGCCCGCUAUGUUUUUCAUUUUUAUUUGGAUGUAUUUCUUCAACGUGCUGUACGAGAUUUGAAGGAAGGAGCAGAAGCCGUGGAGCGUCUUUAAGACGUGCGUAACAGACGAAAUCUGCAGAUAUUUGAAUGAUAAUAGUUGGAGGCGAUUGCUUUCACAUUUGUUUAAGGAAGCCUAAUUGUUGGAAGUGAGCGCGCAGGGUAAACUGCUGUGUGCGCGUAAAAUCGAUGUUUUAAUGACAUUUGGGAUUUGAAAGCUGCAGCAAGUGAAAGUGAAGUGAUCUCCAUGUGUAAAUAUUGACAGGUGUUAUAAACCUUUCAUUCAUUAAACGGAUCUGUUCAUGUGUUUAAAACACCCUGGACUCAUGAGGCUGCACUGGUAACCAAAGCUGUGCCAUGGAUCAUCCACAGUAUUGUUUCAUCCAGCAGUUUUAACACACGUUGAUGGUAACAACCUUAGGAUGCGUUUGAAACGCCGGAUGGGAAAGUAACCAUCACUUCAGUGUCGUCUUCCCUCCCGAGUUGUAGCAGCCAAAAUGACAAGCAACGGACCUGUCAUCGUCUACGAGUGGCUGAAGACCCUCCAGCUCGCCCAGUACGUCGAGGCUUUCGUGGAUAACGGAUACGACGACCUGGAGGUUUGCAAACAGAUAGGAGACCCCGACCUGGAUGCCAUCGGCGUCUACAUCCCUCACCACCGGCAGAGGAUCCACGAGGCGGUGAGGAGGCUGAAGGAGGAAGCUAAAGAAACGGCGAGCGCGCUGUACUUCACCCUGGAGCCGAUGCCACCCGCGGCCGAGAUUUAUACCAGUCACAUGGUGGACCAGUACGAGUCCAAACUGCGGGGGUCCAAGUCCUGGACCGAGCCCAACAGUGAAAGAGUCGGGCGCACCGGUGGCUACAUGGGUGCGCAGCGGAACCUGACGCUGGGCAACAGGAGGGAGCUGGUGAUAUAUCCCAAGCUGAAGCUGAAGAUCAUGAUCAGGGAUAAACUCAUCAGAGAUGGCAUCAACCUGGCCAAGCCGCCCUAUUCUAAUAAGAACACAUGAACUGCAGCUCGCUUUCAUUCAG